AUGACUUCCUACACGACUUCUGAUGCUGCAUCGGAAGCUUCAUCAUCUGUAUUUGCGACACCCACUGCUACCUUGGCAUCGUCCGCCCCAACGACUAGCCGCAUCCGCCCAGACCUAUCUUCGCCAUCCAAGAAGUUGGUGAUUCACCAGGAGGUCAACAGAUCUGAUCCUUUCGUCGAUGAGCCCGUUUCGCCUAGCAGAGUCCACCGGAGCCCUGUGGAUACAUUUUCCUUCGCUAAGACAGCAAGAGAGUUACAGAUCGCUCGGGAAGCCGCAAGCUUGAUUCAAGCCAGGAUUUCCGAGAAUUCUGCGGUCGAAGUCGAGGACGACUCUGAGGGCAUCGAUGACGACGUCGAAACUGAAAUCAGAAGUAGCGGGUUCGAAAAGGUCAAUAAGUGGCUUAUGUCAAUUCCGUUCACCCCCAAGCGACGCCGAACGAUGUCGGCACCUUCCUCUGCGUCCUCGUCCCACACCUUCCCUUCUUCGCCCUCUAGUCCGAAGUGGAAGCGCUAUGUUCCAAGCAUCAAAAGGACUUCCAGCUCACCAUCCAUGGCCAGUGCUACGCGUAGCGUCCCGACUACGCCAACGAGAAAUCGUCGCUUGUCCCUUGCAUCCCUCAAGCGUUGGUCCACAGUCCAGCGAGCUCACUCCCUCCCAAACAUGCAUAGCCCUCCCUCCACCGCCUUUCCCUCCCCAAAUACACCGAACACCCCGUGCUCUCCCAGUGCGAGGCGCGAGCGUCGGCUGUCGUUAGCCUCCUUCAAGAGCUGGACUUCGCCAUCCAGACUCCGGACGUUCUCUAUGACCAGCUCGUCAACUGGUGGCUCAUCCGAAUUUGGAGUUCUCGCUAACGCCUCUGACGAUGGCGACGACACAUUGUAUGACGAAAGCUCGGAACCUGAUGCCUCUUCAAGUGCUAGUGGCGACGAUGAGGAUUCCGUCGACUCUGAAGAUUCAGACGAGACUCUUCUUACCCCGUUGGCUUUAUUCGCAUCGUCUCCCACUAAACUUGAGAAAGUCGAGGAAGGCGACGAGAUCGACUGCUUCUUCGCCACACCCACAGAGACGAUGAAACGAAACGCGGAUGUGGACUUGGAUACUUCAGACCUAACCAUCGAAAUAUCAAUUCCUGAUACCCUCGCGGCUAAGCUACUGGCUGAUACACCGCUGCUGAACAAAGUCCCUGAUAAGAAGCAGCAGAAACAUACUCAUUCACCUACCCUCCCCUCAAACGCAGAGCUCGCCACAUUUCCGUGGCCGACCAAAGAAACCAUCUCUGAACCAUCUCCAUUCCCAACCAUCCCAGAUCUCUGCCACGAUCUCAAUCUCACGCAAUCCAACAUCCAAAUGCACAGUAACGCAUCCGGAAAGUGGUAUAAUUUAUUAAUAUUUUUAUUAUUCUCGCCUUUCUUAUUUUUAUUCGCAUCUCUUGGGACGUUUUUCUUUUUUAUCUUAGGCGUCCCUCUUCACGCGGAGAAUAGGCCGACUGCAACCCUUGACUGA